AUGACAUCUGAAGCGAACUGGGAGAAAGUUGCCGCGGGGAAGCGCGCCGCCCUCGCGGAAUCCAUUCCGACUCAAUACCGCAUACCCCAGGACAAGUUUCCACCGGAAUCACAACUCGAUGUCACGACGUGGCCCAGAGAAUCUGGAUGGCUUACGGAGUCAGAACUCGCGAUCACUGGGAGCACCGCGUCAGAUAUCCUCGAGAAGAUCGCGUCGAAAGCAUGGAGCGCCGAAGACGUCACGGUCGCGUUCUGCAAAUGCGCCGCAGCAGCGCAUCAACUGACGAAUUGUCUCAGCGACGCCUUCUUCGAUGAAGCGGUGCAACAAGCUAAAUCCCUCGAUGAGCAUCUCGAACGAACUGGCAAGACCGUAGGACCGCUCCAUGGCCUGCCUAUAUCGCUUAAAGACAACUUCAACGUAAAGGGGAAAGACAGCACCGUAGGCUUCACCUCGUUAGUGAACCAACCGGCCGAAUACGAUGCGACGCUGGUAGAGAUACUGCGUCGACUGGGCGCUGUCCAGUAUUGCAAGACCAAUGUGCCAACAGCCAUGAUGAUCGCAGAGUCCGUGAACAACACAUUCGGCCGUACCGUCAACCCGCUCAACCGCAAAGUCACGUCUGGUGGAUCCUCAGGCGGAGAAUCAGCCCUCAUCGCAUUUGGAGGGAGCCCUCUGGGUGUCGGAACAGACAUCGGCGGCAGCUUGCGUAUCCCAGCGGCAUGUACCGGUAUCUUCACUCUGCGCCCCUCCUUCGGUCGCUUCACCACACAACGAUGCAGAUCCGGUCUCGCUGGCCAGGAAGCAGUACAAUCCGUAAACGGACCCAUGGGAAAGACACUGUCGGAUAUCACCAUGUACUCCAAAGCCAUCAUCGACGCAGAGUGCUGGAAGCUAGACCCAAAGAUGCUGCCGAUACCGUGGCGGCACGUAGAUCUUCCUAAGAAGCUUAAGAUCGCGGUGCUUUACAACGACGGUAUUUGUUUGCCUACACCGCCUGUGACACGUGCGCUGAAGGAGACGGCGGUCAAGCUGAAGAAGGCUGGGCAUGAAGUUUUGGCUUGGAAUCCAAAGUUGCAUGCUAAAGCGAUAGAACUUCUGGGGCGCAUGUUCGUCGCUGAUGGAGGGAAGAGCGUUGAGGCUUUACUCGGCGUAACAGGCGAGCCGUACCGGCCAGAAAUGCUCCAGUACAAAGACGCAAAAGAGCUGGGUGUCUAUGACAUGUGGAAGUUGCAUACGGAGAGAUCUGAGCUACAGCGGCAAUACUUGGAACAGUGGAUGGCCAUUGAGGGACUCGAUGCCAUUCUAGCUCCAACAACCCCAUACUCAAGCGUAGCGCACGGCGACUUCAAAUACGUCGGAUAUACCGGCGUGUACAACGUGGUUGACUACUCUGCUACGUCGUUUCCUUGCGGAAUCUCGGUCGAUAAGGCGUUGGAUAAGUAUGCGAGUGACUAUAAGGCUCAGAGCGAUUACUGUCAGGGUGCUUAUGAUAGCUAUAAUCCUGAACUGCUUCAUGGCCUGCCGGUCAGUCUGCAGCUCGUUGCGCAACGGCUGGAAGAGGAGAAGGUGCUUGCUAUGACUGGGAUUGUGCUUGAAGCGAUACGGUCGUGA